AUGCUCAUGAUUGUGGGUUGGUUCAAGCGACAAUCUGAGCGGAAAAAACCUAUACUUGCAACAUACCAGCAGCCGACUAUUGACCCGACCGUCCAGAAGGAACGCUUUGCGGCAGUCCUCUUUCAAUCUAAAGGCCUCGUGACGAGUUUCCUAGCAAUGAGAGGUAAAGCGAUUAGUUCAAUCGUAAAUUCUCUUUUCUCGUCGAAAUCAACAGCGGAAAUAGGUCUUAAAGACGGUGCUACAACGUUACCGACAAGGCGCUCAUUGAUAGAGAGGACUGUUGAACAAAAGACUCGAAUCAUUAUGCAUACGGUCGUGAAAAUCUCUAAUUUUCGACGCUGGAUUUCUAAUCCACUGGGGCGAGAGAGGGCUGAUAAAAAAGCCUUCGUUGAGAAGGACGAGGAUAUACUAGCAAGGUCAUCCCUCGAUGAGGGUUCCGAGGGCUCGCUACAUGAUGUCGCCGUCGAACAGACUCAUCAGGAUACAAGCUACAGAGUGGUGAGCAAAAUUCGACCUCCACCGCCAGUAAUAAUAGUCGAGCGAACUCGCCGCAGAAGCGAGAGUGGAUUGAAAGUGGCACCUCACGGGCCAGUCUCACCAGAUACAGUCUGCUUAGAGGAUGUCUGUGCAGCAAACGAGAGUUCCGAUACGUUGAGAGGAUCAGAGACCAAAUCCCUGCAAACGAUCGACGAGUGUCAUGGGCUCGGCCAGUCGCCGAGUGUGGGACUACUCAGAUUGAAUGUAUACCGGGUCGAGAUGGAGUUCGUCCCCCGCCGAGACACCCAGCUAGGGGUGAGCCAGGGGGAUGAGGUUGUCAUGACUCGUGUUUUUGACGACGGUUGGCCACAUAAAUUCGCGACCUACUACACCUGUGUCGCCUAUCUCACCAAUUUCACCAAGUUCUCCGGUGUUCCCUCGAUUUUACAGCUCUGGCUCCUCGACUGA